ACCCACAUCACCCCACCCCACCCCAGCCCGGUCCUCUAAUCCUUCUUCAAACUAGCGCAGGGCUGCUAAUUGCACGCCGCUAUAAAUACCUCCCGAGUCCAGGCGGCCCUGGCUUUUUCCGCCACAGCGGCCCCCCGCGCAGCAUCUCUCCCUCGCCUCCUCCUUGACUUGCGACAUGUUCCCGCUGCCCAUGUUCACGGGCGAGCAGGUGGCCCGCGUGUGCGAGAACCUGGAGGAGACGGGCGACAUGGAGCGCCUGGCUCGCUUCCUGUGGUCCCUGCCGGCCGGGCAGGCCCUGAACCGCCACGAGUCGGUGAUGCGCGCCCGAGCCCUGGUGGCCUUCCACAGGGGCAACUUCGAGGCGCUCUACCAAAUCCUGCAAAGUCACCGCUUCACGCGGGAGUCUCACGCCAAGCUGCAGGACCUGUGGCUGGACGCGCACUACCGGGAGGCCGAGAGGCUCCGGGGGCGACCGCUGGGUCCGGUGGAGAAGUACCGCAUACGCAAGAAGUUCCCUUUGCCCCGAACCAUCUGGGAUGGCGAGCAGAAGACGCACUGCUUCAAGGAGAGGACGCGCAGUUUGCUGCGAGAGUGGUACCUCCAAGACCCUUAUCCCAACCCGUCCAGGAAGAGGCACCUGGCCCAGGCCACGGGACUCACGCCCACCCAAGUUGGCAACUGGUUCAAGAACCGGCGCCAACGAGACCGCGCCGCCUCCGCCAAGAACAGGCUGCAGCAGGAGCCGGCCCUCCUGCCCUCGGACCGGGAGUGCCCCCCCCGCCUGUUGGUGCCCUCCCCUCGCAACUUGGGCAGCCCCGAGGCCAGCGACUGCAGCACGGAGACCGAGCAAAGGGGCGCCGGCGCCUCCACGCCGGACAUCUCUGUCAGCAGCGACAGCGAAUUCGAGUCCUGAAACGGCGUGCGCCAAAGACAAGCGCGGCCGUGCCGGCGACGGCCUCCGGUGAGGUCUGGACUGUCCCGUGACGGGGGGCCAGGAUGUCACGCUUGAGAGGGGACAAAAAAAAAAAAACCCAAAACAAAGCAAGAAACGGCAUGCGCUUCCACAAGCCCCGUGACUUUGACCGCAUGGUCGUGGAAAAGGGCUCUCGAGAAAGAAGCCCUGUGUUCUUCAAGUGUUUCUUGUCGCAGUGCCUGGCUCCGCCGAGGUGGCAAAAGUACUCUCGCUCCGUACUUAAAAGUAGAAGUACGGAGACUUGUGUUCGAAGUAUUCAUUCACCUCCUUGAUUGAAGUCAAAAUUCACAAGUACAGACUCUGGGUUGGACUGAAGUACAAUCAAAUCAUUUUUCAUGUCGGUUAUAUCCCGUAGUCGUUUUGUCAACUUGCUGUCAUGGGGA